AUGCAAAAUCAAUUAAAUCCAACAACUAGUACAUUAUUGAAUACCGAUAAUAGUUCACAAAACAAUGUAAACAGUAAUAUUCCAUAUCCGGAACCAGUGAAAACAAAAUUCUCCUUCAAACAACAACCGAACAUUUUUAUAAAAGAUUCUAAAUUACAAUGUUUAUCAAUCUUUCCAAAUCAAGACCAAAAGAUAAAUGAUCAUCUGAAGAGAAAUUCCAAAAAGCAUAGUGAUAGAAUGAGAUGGAUAUGUGAGAAAGCACAUGUUUUGAUUAAAGAAUGUUCAACAAUGAUCUUUUAUGAUAUCGCUGAAAUCAUUUAUAACAUCAUUGAAAUUUUGGCAAUAGGAAUAAUUUUCAUUUGCUACACAAUUUAUUUAUUGUAUCAUUUUACAAAAGAGAUUUUGUACUACCUGUAUAUUAGUUGCAUUCUUCCAAUUCUUAUUAUUUUUGGUAUUAUAGCUGGCGUCUUGACUGGUAUGAUCAAAGGUAUGACUUAA